ACUUUUUUAAACGAACACUUGCUUUUCGGCUUCAAAAACUAAAAUAUUUUAAAUGAAAAAUUAUCAUUUCGAUUUAAAGUAUGAACAGUUUCUAUGAAACUAAAUUUUUUACAGAGAUGCAGCGUAUGAAUUUGGCGCAUGGCGUUUACGCAUAUCUGAAUCAAAGCUAAAAGCCUUGGUGAAAAACGGUUUAGUGCACUGGUCACCAGUGGGAGUAGGCUUUGUCAAGCCAUCUGUUCGCCGCGGAGUGCUUCCAGCGUUGUUAAGGAGAAUUCUAGCGGCAAGGCAAGCUGUGAAAAAGAACAUGAAGCAGCAAUCUGACGAAAGCGUCAAAAAGGCUAUGCAUUCUAGACAGCUAGGUUUGAAACUAAUAGCUAACGUAACUUACGGCUAUACUGCCGCUAACUUCAGCGGUCGUAUGCCUUGUGUAGAAGUCGGAGACAGUGUUGUAGCUAAAGGCCGGGAGACUCUUGAGCGGGCUAUCAAACUCGUGCAAAAAAACUCACAAUGGAAUGUAAAGGUGGUGUACGGUGACACGGAUUCGAUGUUUGUGCUGGUGCCGGGUGCGAGUCGCGCGGAGGCGUUCGCUAUCGGUCAACAGAUCGCCGACGCCGUCACCGCUGACAACCCCUCGCCUGUGGCCCUCAAACUUGAGAAGGUCUACCAACCAUGUAUAUUACAAACUAAGAAACGAUACGUGGGCUUUAUGUACGAGAGUCUAGAACAAGAAAAACCUGUCUACGAAGCGAAGGGCAUCGAAACUGUCCGUCGAGAUGGCUGCCCUGUGGCUGUUAAGUUGUUACAACGGUGCCUGUGCGAGUUGUUCGAGACCGGCGACUUGUCUCGUGUGAAGCGCAUUGUUGAGGGGACUUUAUGCGAUUUGAUAAGCGGGCGUGUAUCAGCGUUAGAUCUGAUGUUCACACGCGAGUACCACGGUGCCGCAGGGUACCGACCUGGGGCCGUCGCUCCGCCCAACGAAAUUGCCAAGCGUAUAGGCAGUCGCGACGGUCGCGCGGUGCCGCGUGCGGGCGAGCGCGUCUCGUGGAUGGUGGGCGGCGGCGCGCCGGGCGCGGCGCUGGUGCGGCUCGCGCGCACGCCGCGGGAGGUGGCGCGCGGUCACGUGCCGCCACACGUGACCUACUACGUCACGCGCGCUAUACUGCCGCCACUGCACAGGUGCCUCUCGCUACUCGGCGCAGACGUCUUCAAAUGGUGAGUUAUACUAUACUAUAAUAGACGGACGAAGACUAUGUGCAAGAGCCUUAUGGAUGUUAUGCUGAUA